AUGACUCCCUUCACCGUGGGUGACUACCUGGCCGAACGGCUGGCCCAGAUGGGUAUCCGUCACCACUUCAUGGUGCCCGGCGACUACAACCUCAUUCUACUCGACAAGCUCGAAGCGCACCCUCAACUGACGGGCAUCGGCUGCACCAACGAGCUUAACUGCUCGCUGGCCGCCGAGGGCUACGCCCGCGCCCACGGCGUCAGCGUCUGCGUCGUCACCUACAGCGUGGGCGCCUUGUCGGCCUUCAACGGCGUCGGCAGCGCCUACGCCGAGAACCUGCCCGUCAUCCUCGUCAGCGGUGCCCCCAACACGAAUGACGGAGGCCACCACCUCCUUCACCACACGCUGGGCGAGGACGACUUUUCCUACCAGCUCGACAUGGCCCGCCGGUUGACGUGCGCUGCCGUGGCCAUCCGCAAGGCGUCCCAGGCCCCGACCCUCAUCGACGGCGCCAUUUCAAAGGCCCUGCGAGAGCGCAAGCCCGUCUAUAUUGAGCUGCCGACCAAUCUGUCGGGAGAGCCCUGUGUCCAGCCCGGGCCCGUCAGCGCCCUUCUGGAGCCGGCCCCGAGCGACAGAGCUGCCCUGGCGGCGGCCGUGGCCAGUGUGGCUAAGUAUCUCGGCGACAAGCAAAAGCCCGUCAUGCUCGUCGGGCCCAAGGUGCAGCGGGCGGACGCGCAGAGGGAGCUAGCGCGGCUGGCCGAAGCCAUGGGGUGCGCCGUCGUGCUGCAGCCGGCUGCCAAGGGCUGCUUCUUCGAGGACCACUCCCAGUUUGCCGGAGUCUUCUGGGGCCAGGUCAGCACCCUUGCCGCCGAUGCCAUUGUCAACUGGGCCGAUGUGCUGCUCUGCGUCGGCACUGUCUUUACCGAUUACAGCACCGUCGGCUGGACCGCCUUGCCCAGCGUGCCGCUCAUCGUCGCCGACAUAAACACCGUCACGGAUCCCGACGUCCACUUCAGCCACGUCCGGUUGGCCGACUUCUUGUCCACACUGGCAGGCGCCGUCGGCUGGAACGACAGCACCAUGGUCGAGUACAACCGGCUCCGUCCAGACCCUACUGUAGACUAUAGCUCCUGCAACGACGACAAGUUGACGAGGAAGCAUGUAAGCCAGCAGACUCAGGCGCUCCUCACUGCCACGACGACGGUCUUUGUCGACACGGGCGACUCGUGGUUUAAUGGCAUCCAACUGCACCUGCCACGCGGCGCCGAAUUUGAGAUUGAGAUGCAAUGGGGCCAUAUUGGAUGGUCAAUCCCUGCCUCGUUUGGCUACGCCCUUAGCAAGCCGCAGAGGAGAACCAUAGUCAUGGUGGGUGACGGCGCCUUUCAGAUGACUGCCCAGGAGGUUUCGCAGAUGGUGCGCCACCGCGUGCCCAUCAUUAUGCUGCUCAUGAACAAUAGAGGCUACACCAUCGAGGUCGAGAUCCACGAUGGCAUGUACAACCGCAUUCAGAAUUGGGACUAUGCAGCCCUGGUUAAGGCAUUCGCGUGCAGCGAGGAGAACCAUGUCCUUGGGCUCAAAGCCCACACCGUCGGCCAGUUUUCCACAGCCAUUAAGAGGGCCAUGGCGCAUACUGACGGGCCAGCACUCAUCGAGUGCAGCAUCCAUCAAGACGACUGUAGCAGAGACUUGAUUACCUGGGGGCAUUUUGUUGCUGUGGCCAACGCCCGUCCACAGGCUACUGCGUAG